AUGUUAUACCCCUACUCUCUAUUGAAAAGUUUAAAAUUUUUUUUUAUUUUCCAGACAAAAGAAAAAUGGUCGUCUCCGACAGAAGAAGAAGAAGAAGCAAAUUUUGAACCUGGUUAUACGGUACUUGAAAAUUGGACGAGCGUAGCUGAAAGAAAUGAAAAAAUAAUGAAAUCUUCUGCCACGGAUAGAUACAUAAUAAAUAAUCCGUCGAAACAACCGCCGCCGCCGUCGCAGCCGCCAUUACAGCCAAUUUCAAUUAAUAAUAAUGACGUGUCAGAAACUGAUCUUUUUCUAUUGGGUGCCAUUGAAAAAUUAGCUUAUAGAUUAGAUUUUUUAGAAAAACGUUUACAACGUACAGAACAAAUGCUUUAUCAAGUUAUUGCCGGAAGUCAAUCGCAAAUCAGUGAAAAAAUGGAUCCGUGUCCAGAACAUUUUAACCGUUUUGGAAAUAGUUGUUUUCACGUAUCGACAAAACAACUCAAUUGGAAAUCCGCAAGUUCGACAUGUAGAAAUCUCGGAUCGACAUUGGUUGAAUUCGAAACGGUUCAAGAUGAAAAUUUAGUCAAAGCUUCCCUGCAAUUGGAUUCGAAUUCUAGGGGAAAAGAUUAUUGGACGGGAGGAUUAAAUCCGGGAUUAUUGUGGAUUUGGAGCAGCAGUGCAAAACCCGUACAAAAUAACACGACGACUCAAUCUCCGGGUAUAAAAAACAUAGAAGGAAAUGGAAGAUGUCUGUUAAUGUCAUAUCAACCGACGAUAAAAAAUUAUAAAUAUAAAGGAAUAGAAUGUUCUUUGAGAAAUUAUUUUAUAUGUAAACACCGAGAAAACACGACCGGAAGACAAUUGGAAAGACUCGAAAGAGCAUUAAAAUUAAAAAAAAAAAUUCCUUAA